UCCAUUACAUUUUUUCAACGUCACGACCGUUCCCUCUCCUUGUGAAUUCCAAUAAAAUAAACAAACAGUGUUUACAAACAAAAAAACGAGAGGCCGACAAAUCUCUCUCUUCUGCCAUUCCAACAAGAAUCUGGAAGAGAGACAAAAUAAAUAAAUAAAAUAUGAAUCUCGGUGGCGGUUCCGGCGACGAUCCGUCGUCGUCGUCGGUGUCGCAGUGGAGCUACUCCGUGUCACGGCGGUACCAACACCUCCUGGACAAGUCGACGCCUCUCGUCUACCACCGUUGGAUCGGCUUCGUCUUGGUGGCGUUGAUCUACUCUAUCCGCGUCUUCCUCCUUCAAGGCUACUACAUAAUCACCUAUGGCCUCGGCAUCUACAUCCUCCAGCUCUUCAUCCUCUUCCUCUCCCCUCAGGUCGAUCCCGAGAUCCAAGAUCUCUCCGAUGGCCCCUCCCUCCCCACUCGCGGAUCUGACGAGUUUCGUCCCUUCGUUCGCCGCCUUCCUGAGUUCAAGUUCUGGUAUUCCGUAACAAAAGCCUUCUGCUUUGCCUUCGUGCUCACAUUCUUCAGUGCAUUUGACGUGCCUGUAUUUUGGCCAAUUCUAUUGUUCUAUUGGGUGGUGCUGUUUGUUUCAACAAUGAAGAGGCAGAUAAUGCACAUGGUCAAAUACAAAUAUGUCCCCUUCUCCUUUGGCAAGCAGCGGUACGUUGGAAAGAAAGUAGCUUCAACUGAUGAUACUGACAAUGUUGCAGCAUAAGGCUUCAGGUAGAUCGAACCACUUAAUGCUGGAAACACAUUUAAGUCAGGAGUUUGUUUAAAGAAUUAUAUUUUUUUCAAGCUGAGAGGGUCUCUAAAGAUGUGCAGAAGCAAUUAAUCUGAGAUAUGUGUACGCAAAUUUUCAGCUUUAUUUUGAAAAUGCUCCUUGGGUUCUUUUGAGGAUGAUGAGGAGAGAGGGUUUCCCAAUGCCCGAUACUUUAUUAACUUCUUUUCCAUUUGGGCUGGGAAAAAAGUAGCCUAAUUUUCUGGCAAAUGCUGAUAGCAUGAAUUGCCCUGUGCAGUGUACCAACUAUAGAGAUCCUAAUGCAAAUCUUUUUUCCCUCCUAUUUAUUUGCUUCUACACCCUUUUUUUGGCGUGUGGCCUUUCUUAUAGAAGGUUGAGUUCAGCUACCAUUUACAUUCUAUCUAUAAUAUAAUGUUCUGUUAAAAUU